GUCGUCUCCUGGUUGCUUUGCUUGGCAACUUGAUCGUUUCCCUCCGGUAUAAAGAGGGAUAUCGCAUUCCCUUUCAACGUCGGACUGGACGUUAAGGCAGACCAACAAAAUCUACUACUCCAAGUCGCUCUAAAAACCUUCAGAAUCACCCCUCCACAACCCAUCCAAAAUGGAAAAAUUUAUUGCCGAGCAUGCCGACCGAUAUCAGUCGCUGGUGAAGGCUUUCAAGCCUCCCAAGUCCCGCCGGCCGGCUUCCGAGGCGGCCCCGGCUCCGGGCAUGGUUGUCACAACCCGGCUCCGGCCCCUGCUCGAUGACGAGUCCUCCGCGAAGCUACCUCCGGCUUUAUUCCCCCGCGCCGAACAGCCCGGCGUCUUGGAUGUCCAUGAACUCCGGCAAUCGGCCCUCGGGCCGCCCCUACUGAAGUCGGCCAACUUUCAAGUAGACCACAUCUACGACGCCGACAGCAAAACAGAGCGCAUCUACCAGGAUGUUGUCAAACCUUUGGUGCCCUGGGCAUGGAACGGUGGCAUCGGCACACUGUUUGCCUACGGCCAGACAGGCUCUGGGAAGACGUACACUAUCAGUCACCUCGAGCGCCUAGUGGCUGGGGAGAUGCUGAGCGGCGGUCUUGAAGGCCAACGCAACGUCUAUGUCACCAUUAUCGAACUGGCAGGGAAUGCAGCGCACGAUCUUCUCAACACCCGUCGCCCUGUGUCUAUUCUCGAAGACUCCUUCGGCAUCACGCAGCUUACAGGCGCACUGGAGCACCAAGUCACCACCACUGCCGAGAUGCUCACUCUCAUCGACACUGCCACUGCCUUCCGUCGUACUGAAUCCACCGUCAAGAACGACGCCUCCUCGCGCUCCCACGCCAUCUGCCGAAUUCGCAUACAAAACCUGGCCGUGCCCGAGGCCGAGGAUGGCGUGCUAUACCUCAUUGAUCUUGCCGGCUCUGAAGCAGCGCGUGAUUCCGCUGCUCACGGCGCCCAGCGCAUGAAAGAGACGCGCGAGAUCAACACCAGUCUAUCCGUACUUAAAGACUGUAUCCGUGGAAAAGCUGAGGCCGAUGCCCUCGCCGGCUCCAACUCUAAACGCAAGCCUCAUGUGCCUUUCCGCCAGAGCGCCCUGACCAAGGUGCUCAAGCAUGUCUUCGAUCCCGCGGCCUUGCGUCCAUGCAAGACGGUUGUCGUUGCUUGUGUAAACCCCUGUCUUGCGGACGUCGGCCCCAGUAAGAACACUCUACGGUACGCAGAGACGUUGCGCGUUCUGGUGCCCAAGGCGAAGCCCUUGCGCUAUGAUCCCAAGUCACCUAUGACGUGGUCAAACGAGCGAUUGAGGGAAUGGGUGAAAGAAAAUUCUGGGAUACCUCCCAUCGAUGCUGCUAUCCUCGCCCCAACCGAGUCCGGCACUCAGCUUCUCCGCCUCCCAGCUCCAGAGUUUGAGAGCCGAUGCCUGAAGACUCCCGGCGCAACCCCCGAACAAACUAAGGCCUUCUGGUCCAAGUUCUGGCAAAUGCACAUCGACUCACAGCACGCUCCUGCCAAGGCCGUGAGUGCGCCUGAAUCAGACACCAUGGACCUGCUGUCGCGAUCAUCGAGUCAAGACCCCGACCCCAAAACGCUUUCGGUGCCUUUCAAAGAGCGCAUCCGCCCCGGUAUGGCCGUCAGCUGGACACCGCCGCCUAAGUUCCCCAUGGCUCUGCCCGGAAUGAACAUGGUUGUCAUUCUCUGUCCGGUCCCGGCAGUUGGCGAUGGAGUCAGAGACGUCCUCGGAAACCAGGUCAACCCAGGGCGAAGCGACAAGGGAGAAGAAGCAGGGCCCAAGGGGGCUAGCUACCUCUGCGCCAUAGUGACUCCAGCUGUCAUGGCCGAGGCGUAUGACGUGCAUCUGUGGCGCCAGAUUGUCGUGGAGGAGCAGUGGAUGAAUACCGAGGUGUUAUUGGAGUACGACAUCGCGACGAGGUAUUACUACAUAGCCAUAUAAGGUGUGAAAGCGAUGCAUACCGUCAUGGAGGAUCAUCGUUAUAUUUAUAAUUUGCAUGCGUUUUGGUGACGCCUUGUCCUUAGCUGCGGCGAGAUUAGUGUCAAAUCAGAUUGACGUCGCUGCUAUAGAAAGACAUGCGCCUCAUCUAUGGGCGAAUAAAGUAUACACGCAGGUGAUGGUGGCAACUUUCGAGUCAUUUAAUUUCCCCAUCAAAGUUCCAGAAGCUCCUGGGUAUUGCUU